GCUACCGCCACCAUCCUGAGAUGCCGACCGAGCUGAAGCGCGCCGCAGAGGAUGGUGAUGAUUCCACUUCCACCCGUCUUCACCGAAAAAUCAUAGUUCCAGAAAAGCCGGUCUAUCUGGUGGUGGAGCACAAGGCGGAGCCAGCGUACUCCAUCCUCAGUGUUGGCACAAUCGCGCCUAAGAUCCCGCUGCACCUCAGCCAACGCGGCAUGUCGUUCACUGCCAUGGAGUCGCCGCAGGGGUCCUGGAUCGUUGGCGUGGGCAGGGACGAGCAGAUUCACACCACCAUCUUCGAUGUCAUGGCCUCCAAGGAGUGGCAGGGCCCGUGGCUCCAUACCAAUAAGAUGGAGCCCAUCCUGAUUCCACACCGCGACCAGCUCUACGUGGUCUCGAGCCGCCCCUCCGUGAAGAGGGGGCGAUGGGGCUCGACUACCUUCCCUGAACUCGAGCCGCCGCCCAUCUUUCCGUGCCGCAUCACCCCGCCUGAGUACAUGAACCCGCCGGCUAUACGCGUUGCCUCCUACGCCAUGGUUGGCUCCCAUAUUUUGCUCUCCGUGCAACUGCACAAUGUGACCAGCCCCGACAAGGUUGCCAGGAAAUACAUGGGAACCUGCGGGUACGACGUGGAGAAGAAGGUGUGGGAGAUGGUGCAUGAGAUGAAUCUUCCUUUUCCUUGGCCAGGCGGUGCCCCUCGGCGACCAACUCUUUCUUGUCCGCUCCAAAGAGAGGGACGGCGCUUAUGCAGUGUACUACAUGCAUGUCGGUCAGUCAACAUCUGGGACCAGCGAGUUGUCCAUUAUUGAGGUUCUGCUGGUGGUGCCAAAGGCCCGACCUGUUCUGGGGGAACUUCUCUUCCCUUUGGGAAGGGGCCGGUUCUCUUCUGUUCACUUUCGAUCUGUCGAUGCUGAACCAGAGUCCAAGUUGGGCAAACCAAGUGCUGCACAUGGCACCUACUCUAUUGUGAAAGAAAAUUUCGAUGAUGCUAUAAUAAUGAAGCAGCAGUGGCAAGUUUACAAAGUAGCUGAGCGGUCGUGUCCAUUGGCUCAUCCUUUC